GACCAGCACAUUACCCAACGACAACAACACCGUCAUCAUGGGUAAGGGAAAGCCAAGAGGUCUUUUGGCCGCACGCAAGCUGCGCAACCACCGCCGUGAGCAACAGUGGGCCGAUCUUCACUACAAGAAGCGCCUUCUCGGAACAGCCUACAAGUCCUCGCCUUUCGGAGGAGCUUCACACGCCAAGGGAAUCGUCCUCGAAAAGGUCGGUGUCGAGGCCAAGCAGCCCAACUCUGCCAUUCGCAAGUGUGUGCGUGUGCAGCUCAUCAAGAACGGAAAGAAGGUCACCGCUUUCGUUCCCAACGAUGGUUGCUUGAACUUCGUGGAUGAGAACGACGAGGUUCUUCUCGCUGGAUUCGGUUGCAAGGGCAAGGCCAAGGGUGAUAUUCCCGGUGUGCGUUUCAAGGUCGUCAAGGUCUCCGGUGUUGGUCUCAGCGCUCUCUGGAAGGAGAAGAAGGAGAAGCCUCGUUCAUAGACGACGACUUUGCAUGAUGGCUGGGGCUGGGAAUCGGGCGUUCUUCGAAAAGCGGCAUCGGAACGAUAUGGAUUUUGCGUAGAGCACCAAUGACAACGACUGCUGCGGCGACAUGGCGACAUUUCUCCCUGUCAGCAACGCUACGACAUGCUCAGACAGCUGUUGGGCUUCCUCGCGAUGAGUCGACAAGUUGGCUCGUGGUCCUCACGCUGAUGGUCCUGAUUACAUAUCCAGCAAGCUCGUAGAUC